UGCCGCUAAAUUGACAAUUCCACCACAUGCAUACAAUCGCUUGCUGUUAUCUAAUUUUGUGUAAAGGAAAAAAAACAACAAAACGGCCCACUCGGGAGAUGUCAACAUACUGGGCUGGCGCAUUAAUCGUUUUUUAAGAGAUUUGCGUAUAAAUUGUGCCUCCCGGUACUGUGUUUCAUCAACCUUCAAGCAUCCGAUAGUUGGGCAGCACGCGUCUAGAGGGAACCAACCUCAUCGCACCUGUAAGCCGCUGACUGCAUCACAAUGAUACGGAAUGCAUUACCGCCGGCCCGUUUGUUCUACUCAACAAUCACGGCAAACACUACCGCAACACUAGCCAGCAAGCUGCAACCGAAGGUGGACGAAUUCCGCACAACCGAGCAGAGCGUGGCAAACCACAGCCGCACCACGAUCGGCCGGUAUUACACCAUCCCGACCGAUGUGCGGAAAAAGAUCUUUGGCCACGGUGGGCUGCCGAAAAGCUUCGAACGGCAAACAAAAACCUUCAACGAGUGUUCGCUGAUGGUACGCCAGCCGGCGGUGGAAAUUAUUGAGUAUAUCAAGCGGUCCGACUUUAGCCGGCCGGUAAACCGGUUCGUACUGUACGGUGAGGACGGUGCCGGCAAAUCGCUCGCCCUAGCCCAUCUGCUGCAUUACGGUUUCCAGCAGCGGUACGUAUUGGUACACGUGCCCUGGGUACCGAACUGGAUGAAGCGUGCGAAGGAAAUCGCAAACUCAACCACCAAAGAAGGUUCCAUCGACCUACCGCUGGAUGGUGCGGCCUGGUUGCUGCACUUUAAAACCCAAAACGGAGCACUGCUGAAAGAGCUCGGGCUUACCGUGAGUCGCGAUUACGUGUGGACAAAGCGUGAAAUAACGCCGACCGGUGCACCACUGCUAGACCUCGUCGAGCACGGUAUUAAUCGAGCGAAAUUUUCCUGCGAUGCUAUCGCCGCCCUGCUGCACGAACUGAAGCAACACUCGAGUGCCGGACGGGCCCGCACGAUGGUGCUGAUCGAUGGGUUUAAUGCAUUCUUUCAGCCGCACACACGGCUGCUUACGGAAAACAAAGCACGCGUGAAGCCGGCCCAAAUCACGCUCACGGAUCCAUUCCUCGGCAUCACGCGCAACGACUGGUGUAACGGGGUGUGCGUUGUCACCAUCGAUCAAAUGGUGGGCGAGUUUAGGGAUGCAUCGAAACCCCAGCCCAAGGCUGCGCUGCCGCCAGUAUCUGUGAUCGAUUCGCGCCCGUGCUUCGAACACCUGGACCCGUUUGUGCCGGUGCAGGUCGUCGGUUACGAUGAGACGGAAUACUACAGCUGCAUCCAGUACUAUCUGGACCGGAAAUGGAUUCAAACGACCGAGGCGGGCUUUGACGAUGAGCUGAAAAUGUUGAGCUGCCAGAACCCUUACCAGCUGAUGCAGCUCUGCGCAUCGUUAUAGGGUGGAAGCUGUAAAGAGAACAUUGUUAGGCCUAUUUGCUUCAAAUCAAUAAAAUCUGAUAAACAACACCCAUACAUCUAAAGUGCGGUUUUACGGAUGCAUUUUUAAAGGGGCAGAAAAUGAAGCUCGCUAUUACUUUAACGUUAUACAUUUUUUAUUCUGUUAAAUUGCUUUGAUUGUCACAGCAGUAAACCGGCGCUUCACAUUCGGUAUUCAGUCUGUUGAAUUUAGAGCAUGCACGUGUUGUUCCUUUUCGCUCAGUUCGAUUCUUUUCCCCCCGCCGGUCACGUUACGAAACAGAUUUUUUUAAUUGCAAUAUUUUAUAGUUCAAUUUGCCAUUGCCCAUUGCUGUAUACACCUAUACCGCUCGCCAUCUCACUCACACUCAAGCAGUGUCGGCAAACGUAUUUAAGUAUAGUUUUUUUACGAUGAAAAUGCUUCUCAAAAGUAGAGUACAGUGUUGUGUGUGUUAAUGACAGAAUGACGAACGAAUCAAUCCCGACCCCGCCGUUGGGUGCUGUGAAUAGUUUCGACGGUUUAACGAUUCGUCGUGCAAAAGUCGUGGAGGAAGGAAAUUUGGAAACAUUAACAUAGACGAACGAUAGAGUUACGAUAUAAGCUUAAAUAUAUAAUUUGUGCAAUUUUGCAAGAAAAAAAAUCAAAUCACAACAUCGUUACUUUUGUUUCUAUCUCAGUGCCAAAAAGAUUGUGUUCUUGAUGUAUCCGUACCACAGCGCGAAUCGCAUUGCUAAUUGUUUAGGUGCGGAAUGACCAGAAUGCAAUAUCAAUUUCCUUUUCUUUACGUACGCCCAUCGUUUCAUCCAUCAUUUUGUGCUUCCUCCUACAUUAACAGCUAGUUUUUCUUUUUUUUGUUUGCGAAAAUUAAGUGUGUCAUUGAAGCGAAGAUUUAUGCUAGAUUUAUAAAUCAAAUUUGCUUGCCCUUUGUUUUCCUUCCAUUCGAUAAUUUCAGCUUCCUACAGAAAACUUGCAUUUCUACUGUACUCUUGGAUCAGUUCUAUAGUACUGCUUGCUACAUAUAAUACGUUUGUGAAAUUUAUGAACGCCUAUGAAUUUUUCGUGUCAAUUUGAAUAAAAAAAAGGCACGUUUGUUUUGCAAACACCCGCCCAUGAGGAUUUUCCCCUGACCCAUUGCAAAUAUUUCAAGCUAAACAUUGACCCACGGUACAGUCAUCGAGAGCCCGACCGUCCGAUCUGUUCGAUGAACAGUGAACUAAAAAAAAAAAACCCCAACAAAAAACCAAA